AUGAGUGCCACUUCUUCGUCCGACUCGUCAUCUCCGUCCACUCCGGAGAACAAAGUCUACGACCUCGGCGGCAGCAGUAGCAGCAACAGCAACACCGACCUCGCCACAGCCUCUUCAAGUAACAGCCCUUCUACUGUCGAUAUUACCUCCACGACGCUCAAGCCAGCGAGCGUCGCCCUCCCGCGUCGCAACAACGCCGGAUCGAAAUCUGCCAAACGCGCGCUAUGGGCAUUCACUAGUGCACCCCAAGUCUCCGAGGACCAAUCCACUACGAGUACUGAACUAGUCGGCGGCCGCACAAUCGAUCCGACGACCCUCCUCGAACCCUCGGACCUCGCAAAGCCACUCAAAUGUGCCCCCGUCGACAUUGAAGAACUCCGUCAGGUGGCGGCACCCCGCAGGAAAAAGGCAUGCAAGGGCUGCACAUGUGGUCUUGCAGAACUCGAAAAGGAGGAAAUGAUGCGCGAGCGUGGCCUCGUCGUCGAUGCUGUUACCGGAGACGUCGUUUCGUCGACCGAGCAAGGCGAGAGUGUGGUAUUGAGUGCAGAAGAAAAGGAAAAACUCCGUCUAGAGGCUGCGGUUCGAGCAGCGAAUAAGAUUACUCCAGAAGUCGGGAAGAGUAGCUGCGGGAGCUGCUACUUGGGCGACGCGUUCCGCUGUGCGACGUGUCCGUAUCUCGGACUUCCGGCAUUCAAGCCCGGAGAAAAGGUUGAACUCCCCUCAGCCAUUGUCAAGGCAUAG